GGACCAGUGACGUAUUUUCUGGCGACGGACCGAAAUAAGGUUGCCGCGCUGAAAACGGAGAAGGAAGAAGAUUUAAGUGAAUGUGUUUCAGUCAGUUGUUCUGGUUCUACGGGCUUUUAUACUUGUGACGCAAAUCCAGUAAGAGACUGGUUUGUUUCGAUGUGAUGAGUCCGUCCUUUAAGUUCUGCAAAGUGCGUUGUGGACAAAGCAGAAGCUCAGUCGCACAGUCGAAAUAUUAAUUCCAAGCCACUUGUUAGCUAGUUUGCUAACCAAUUGUGUUCACACCAAACAGAACCUCAGAUGAGAAGCCAGUGUGACAGAUUGAGGGUUUAACUGCACAGUUUGCAGGCAAGUCCCAACAGAAUCGACCUUGGUGACAGGGAGCGGGGCGAUGAGAAAGUCCAGUUGUCUCAAUAUAGUACACAGAGCCAAGAUGAAGCGAAGGGUGGAGCAGGUUGACCAUCUCAAGAAAAAGAAGAAGCGCUUGGAUGAUUCUAGUUUUGAUGAAUAUGACGACGAGAAAUCGUUCAUAUCAAGCAGCCAGGACUCCAGUCAGAGUGACUCUCACAGUGAUGCUGAAGAGCAGAGGCCCUUGAAACCCUCCCCAUCUCAUCAUGGAUCACAGUCAGAAAGCUCCCAGGACACGUCCUCCAACAAGUUUUCUAUGUACAACAGUGUGUCACAGAAACUUAUGGCCAAGAUGGGCUUUCGAGAGGGCGAAGGGCUGGGGAAAUUCGGACAGGGCCGGCGAGAGAUAGUCGAGGCAUCAACGCAGCGUGGGCGCAGGGGUCUCGGCCUCACCCUGAAAGGCUUUCAGGGAGAGCUCAACGUGGACUGGCAGGACGAGCCGGAGCCCAGCGCGGUGGAAGAAGUUACCUGGUUCCCUGAGAGCUCAACGGAGAUGCCUGACGCAGAGGAGCUGGCCGACUGGAUGACUACCGGGGAGAGGAAGCUGAAGAUUGAUGAUGAGACUGAGUUUUGCAGUGAAGACCUCCUGCACAGCCUGCUGAGGUGUAAGUCCAUCUUUGACGACCUCGAGGGGGAGGAAAUGCGGCGUGCGCGAACUCGGUCCAACCCGUACGAGACCAUCCGGGGAGGCAUCUUCCUCAACAGGGCAGCGAUGAAAAUGGGCAACAUCGACCACGUCUUUGACUAUAUGUUUACCAAUCCGAAGGACUCUCAGAGGAAGCCGUGCACGCGAGACAAGGCGGGGGAACUGCUGUACUUCGGGGACGUGUGUGCCGGCCCAGGAGGUUUUUCCGAGUAUGUCCUGUGGAGGCGCCGUUGGCAUGCCAAGGGCUUUGGCAUGACGCUGCGGGGGCCCAACGACUUCAAACUGGAGGACUUCUUUGCCGCGCCCAGCGAGCUCUUUGAACCCUACUACGGGGAGGGAGGGAUCGAUGGAGACGGCGACAUCACCAGGCCGGAAAACAUCACCGCCUUCCGGAAUUUUAUCAUGGAGAACACGGACAGGCGAGGGCUGCACUUCCUUAUGGCGGAUGGGGGCUUUUCAGUGGAGGGACAGGAGAACAUCCAGGAGAUCCUUAGUAAACAGCUGCUGCUCUGUCAGUUCCUCACCGCAUUGUCCACCGUCAGGACAGGUGGUCACUUCAUCUGUAAGACCUUUGACCUGUUCACCCCCUUCAGCGUCGGUCUGAUUUACCUGCUCUACCUGUGCUUCGAGAGGGUGUCCCUCUUCAAGCCAGUCACAAGCCGACCUGCCAACUCUGAGAGGUAUGUGGUGUGUCGAGGGCUGAAGCCCGGGUCAGACCCCGUCAGGGAAUACCUGUUCACCAUCAACCUGAAGCUGAACCAGCUGAGGGACAAAGAAUCGGAUGUCAAUGAGGUGGUGCCCCUGGACAUCAUCAAAGGAGACACCGACUUCUUCAACUAUAUGAUUAUCUCCAACGAGAAGCACUGUGCUAUCCAGAUUAAAGCCCUGGCUAAAAUCCAUGCUUAUGUCCGGGACUCGACGUUGACGGAAGGACGGCAGGCAGAGAUCAGGAAGCAGUGCCUCAGUCUCUGGGGGAUCCCAGACAAGGCCAGAGUGGCCCCCUCCAGCACAGACCCCAGGAGUAAAUUCCAGGAGUUGAUGCAGGGUACGGACAACGAAUCUUUCAACUACAAACCGACCCAGCUGACCUUCAGUACACUUGACAAGGUGCACCAUGUCCUGGACUACCGCUGCAUGGUGGGAGGUGGAAAUCAUCUCUUUUUACUUGGCAUGGGAAAAUCCCAGAUCUACACGUGGGACGGCAAAAUGCCACUGCGCUGGAAGAAGCUGGAGAACUUUAACCUGGAGCUGCCCAGAGACACUCUUCUGAGCGUGGAGAUCGUCCAGGAGCUCAAGGGAGAGGGCAAGGCUCAACGCAGGAUCAACGCCGUCCAUGUCAUGGAUGCUCUGGUGCUGAAUGGGACUGAUGUCCGGGACCAGCACUUUAACCAGAGGAUCCAGAUGGCAGAGAAGUUUGUGAGAGCAGUAUCCAAACCCAGCCGGCCUGACAUGUAUCCCAUUCGAGUAAAGGAGGUAUACAGAUUAGAGGAGAUGGAGAAAAUAUUCAUCAGGCUGGAGAUGAAGGUGACAAAGAGCUCAGGGGGUGUCCCACGUUUGUCCUAUACCGGCAGGGACGACCGUCACUUCCUACCCAGUGGCCUGUACAUCAUUAAGACGAUGAAUGAGCCCUGGACAAUGGCGUACAGCAAGACGACAAAGCGGAAGUUCUUCUACAACAAGCUGACGAAAGAAUCCUCGUACAACCUUCCGGAGAAUUCUGCGGCUCCCUUCCAUGUGUGCCACUCUGAGCAACUCUUCUGGGCAUGGGAAGAUGGCGUCAAAGUGCACGACUCUCAGACAAGGGUGGACCCUGAGAAGCUGUCCAAGGAUAACGUUCUGGCCUUCAUCCGGCAGCACUACCAGCCUUGAGGAGCCGCUUUGGGCCCCAGAGAGAUAUGGUCUGCCCAAAUCUGACACCUAAUACCAGGAAGGACUAUAGCCAAUCCACACCCUCUUCAUGUGGCCUGUCUGUCUGUGCUUGCUUUCUUAGACACCCCCAGCCUUACUCAAUUCAUGUCUAUCCAUGCUACAGUCAUCUAAACCCUAAGAUCCCAGCCUACUUGGGUAACUGAGAUACGCUGGUUAAUCCUUUGACUGUUUCGAAGUUUGACCCUGGCAUCCCCGUUUGGCAUUUUUAGAGUGAAAAACUAGUUUGGGCAAUUUUCUAUACCUGCAUCCAAGUGCUCCGUCACUACUUGACUGCGGUGAGUGAGGAUCAUUCUGUACUCCUACGUCGGUUUUGCAAUAAACAAAAUUAAUGUUGUGCAGUCCAGCAGUUGGGCAUGUCUUGGGAAUGAAACAAAACUACUGUUCCUCAUGCAGUUUCUCUCUUAAUUUUAUCUUUUCUAUUUGUUCAGGCUAAGCAAGUCUUUUUAAGGCUAGUUAUCCCCAAAUUGGAAUCUAGGUUCCUCAUCCAGGUGUUUCCAGCCAAAAGAAGUGAAGGUACUGUACAGCAAGGCCUGUGCUUAUGUAAUUAGAUAGGAAAUUAUUUUCAGCUGAUUAGCUCCGGGUGGAAAAAGCAGUAAAACGAAAGGCAGCUUAUUUAAAAAUAGAAGGCUGAACCUGAACACGUAUAACCUGUUUCAAGUGUGUGAGUAGGAUCCAUGUUUCAGAUGGAUGAUCCUUUUCACUUCCCAAGAAAGGUGUGCAGAGCUGUCCAGCAGUCUGAAGUUUAAGUGAAUUCUGUAUACAGAGCCAUUAGGGAAAAAGAAAUAAAACUUUGAGUUGGUGCUGGAUUUAAUUUUUUUUUUCGUAAUUGUCGUGGUCAGUCAUAUAUAGACCUGAAUGUAUGAGGUUUUGGAUGAAGCAGGGACUCCGAGGCAGACCACCACUACUAGUAAAACACAAACAGCUUUGCAGUUGACUGGUCUUGCUAUGCUUUCAUCUUAUGAGCCUUAUUUAUUUAAACAAUUUCGUCUGUUUGUGCCGUUUAAAUUGUAUGUCCCCUGCACUGAAAUUCUUCUUUGGUCACUUUUUGUAACAUAUUGGGGAUCAUUGGAAAGGCAAGUCUAUGCCUGUGUUUGAGUAGAAUGUCAUUUUAGCGUAACUUAAUAAAGACACUCUUAAUGUAAA